GAUGUAGGGAGGCAAAGAAGGAGGGAGCCGCGGGGGGUGGCGCGGGAGGGGACCGGCGGGGAUGUCGCGGGAGGAUGGCGCAGAGCCGCUCUCCCGGAGCCGUGCGGGCCGUGUCCCCGGCGGCUCCGCGCACCUGCUCCCGGCUCUGCCGGCCUCCCGGAGCGGGGCUGCGCCGUCCCCGGCCCCGCGGUGCGGGCGGGGGAGGACUCAGAGCCGGGAGCUGCCAUCAGCAGAUGCUGUCCCCGGCUGUCCUUUGCCUUCCCGUGUGAGGCAAGGCUCUCCGGCCUCUCGUCUUUGGCUGCACCCUCCAGUCGCUGCUGCUUUCCCUUCUGCUCUUUAAGGACCCGGCGAGGGUUGUUCCCCCCCGUCUUUUUCUUGAAGGUGCCUUUUCAUAUGGUCACCUUGAAAGCUGGAUGCCUUCGUGUGCCUUUCUGAGCAUACUGUAACGCUCAGGAUGGCUGCAGCUCCUCCGAGUUACUGUUUUGUAGCCUUCCCCCCAUGUUCCAAAGAUGGGCUGGUGGUAUUUGGAAAGAAUUCUGCACGGCCUCGGGAUGAGGUACAGGAGGUGGUCUACUUUGCUGCUGCAGAGCAUGAGCCAGGAAGCAAAGUUGAGUGCACGUACAUCGAGAUUGAGCAGGUGCCCAAGACUCACGCCGUGGUGCUGAGCAGGCCCUCCUGGCUUUGGGGGGCAGAAAUGGGAGCUAAUGAGCACGGAGUGUGUGUAGCUAACGAAGCUGUCCUGACCAGAGAACCAGCUUCUGAGUCUGAAGCCUUGCUUGGCAUGGAUCUUGUCAGACUUGGCCUAGAAAGAGGGGCAACAGCUAAAGAAGCACUGGAUAUAAUAGUAGCUCUGUUGGAAGAGCAUGGACAAGGUGGAAAUUACUAUGAGGAUGGGAGUUCAUGCCAUACUUUCCAAAGUGCGUUUUUGAUUGUGGACAGAAAUGAAGCCUGGAUAUUGGAGACUUCUGGAAAGUAUUGGGCAGCUGAAAAAAUCACAGAGGGAGUGAAAUGCAUUUGCAAUCAGCUUUCAUUAACUACAAAAAUUGAUGCUGAGCAUCCUGAACUAAGGAAUUAUGUGAAAAGUCAAGGCUGGUGGAAUGGAGACUCAGACUUCAAUUUUUCUGAAGUGUUUUCUCUUGCUGAUGACCAUUUAGCCUGUUGUUCUGGCAGGGAGAGCCUAGAAAAGCAAGGUGGUGACGUUUCUGCACAAGCUAUGAUUGAUGUCCUGCGUGACAAGGACAGUGGUGUCUGUGUGGACUCUGAAUCUUUCCUUACUACAGCUAGCAUAGUGUCUGUUCUGCCUCAGGACCCUAGUUUUCCCUGUAUUCAUUACUUCACUGGCACGCCAGACCCUUCAAGGUCCAUAUUUAAACCCUUUAUUUUUGUCGAUGAUGUAAAAUUAGUACCAAAAGUGCAGUCUCCUUCUUUUGGCAAUGAUGAUCCUGCUAAGAAGAUACCUCGAUUCCAGGAGAAACCUGACCGUAGGCAUGAAUUGUACAAGGCACAUGAAUGGGCCCGAUCUCUCCUGGAGAACGAUCAGGAUAAAGGCCAGAAAUUGAUGAGGAUUAUGUUAGACCUUGAAAAACAAGGUUUAGAAGCAAUGGAAGAUAUCCUUUCUCGUACAGAGAUUCUGGAUCCAGCUGAAGUAGUGGAUCUUUUCUAUGACUGUGUUGACACAGAACUAAAGUUCUUCAAAUAAACUACAGUGGCUAUUGUUAGCCUUUUCACUGGAAGACUGCAAUGUUCUUCAAGCCUUGCAAGAAAGUCUUCACACUUUGCAGGAAAAAACAUUUGUAGAGGAAAAAAAUGUUACUUGCUAGCUGUAUCCGGUUAACAAAUUGCUUUCCUUUGUCCAAUCUUGUGGUGUUCCUGUUUGUGUAUGUAUAUAGUGAAAGGAGAAAGUCACUGACUGGUCCAAUUACUGUGUGCAUGCUGGCUAAUUUAGAACAGAAUGUUAAAACAUGUAUGCUGGGCAACCAAUUAAAGUAAAGAUUUAACUUCAUCAGGCUAAUUGCCAUAUUGUCAUCGAAAGCAAUCUGGUUUUCCCUCUGAUGCUCAGGACUAGGCUUGCAGCAAAGCUGACUUGCGUUUUUCUCUUCUUGCUAGUUCAUAGAGAGUAGAAAUGGUAGAGUUGAGAUCACAGUUUGAGAUGGGCAGGAAGGUAAGUCCUGGUUCUGGACCUUGUUGUGCUGGCCUCGUGUCGCUGUAACUGGUUGCAGUGACUCAGCACCUGACAUUAUGCCUGUACAAAUUAUCAGAAUGAAGUCCCCAGGUUAAAGUUCUGCCUUUGCCCUCAGCCAGGCUGUGUUUGUAGUGCACCUGGCUGCUGCUCCAGAACUGAGUACUAAAGUGCAGAGCCAGCCUGGAUGCUGUAGAGAUCUACACAUACUGGCUCUUAGGAUGCAUUUAAUAAGGUGUUAGAUCUAUAUACAAGCUACAGAUUGGGAAUUUUUUAAAGGAAUAGAUGUUGGACAUUGAUAAAUACCUGGCUAUUCUCCAUCUUUCUGCCUUUGUACCGCUGAAAAAUUCCUAGUAAUCUGUUUGUGAGUACCUGGCUGAUGAAUCCAUUAAGUACCAGCGAGUUGCUGGUGGCUGUGGCAAUCCAGCUGCUCAGGCUUAGAAAUGGCUGAAUGUCCUAUGCUUCCUUACCUGAAGUGCAGUGCUGCAGCAUGCUUCCCUUCCUCCACAGCCCUACAGGCAGACCUGCUUUUCACUGCAUUCUCUUCUUGGGGAAGUGAGACAGGGCAAACACUGAGAACUAAACCAGUAAACACUGUGUCCAGUGAAGAUGCUUGGUGGGGUUUUAUCAUACAGGAGGUUGAAAGAUGUCCAUGUCUUUGAUAGAUGAAAGUUAAGCUAUGGAGUUAAAAUUCGUCACUGUUUGGGAAAGUGGAUGGUGAAGAACUACAGGCUUCUGUAUUGAGGAAGUAAAAGCAGAAACACCUCAAGUUGAAACCAUAAGAAUUGUGCAUCAGGGAAAUAGUCAUUGCUAUAUUGGCACACUGCAUUCUCAAGAUUUUUAAAAUGAAAUUGUUCUAUUCAGACUCAUUACUUUGGCAUUGCCUUAUAUAACAAAUGGCCAUUGGACAAGAAAACAUGGGGCCUUUUCACUCACAGGAAACAAGGAAGAAUAUAUUUUCUCUUAUGGCCUACCUAAUAAUCUCCCAUUCACAAUAAAAUCCUCCCAUGCUGUCUAUCAUAGGACAAACUCCUGUGUCUAAGUAUUUUAAAGUGUAGGCAAUAGGAGAAGAAAAUAUUCAAGCAGACCCUGAAAUUUAGCUGCUCUGUAUGGUAACCAGAGGAGGGGCUGACUGCAAGAACCACACUUGAUUUCAGAAAACAUUGUGGGGGAUGAAGCCCGCUGAAAAAGAAGUGUGCUUUUUUCAGCUGCCCAUAACUGAAGUAAAUGGAUUUCCCAUGAAAUCACAUCUCCUGAUGGGAGUAGCAGGGUUUUUCUGAAUAACCAGGGAACAGGGAUAAAAUUAUUGCCCCAGCCAGAAGACAGAAAGUAGGAUAUGCCACUCCUCACAGCUAUUCUGCACAACUUGAAUUUCUAAUCUUUUAGACUUGGGAGAGAGGCAAGAUGAAAGAAGUGGGUGUUCCUGCUAAAAACAUCAGGUAUCUUAUUUGCCUGUUUCUUCAGAAAGAAGAAAGCAACACUUGCAAUUAUCUCCUGGACGUUUAUGUCCUUAUUUAGAACUAGUUAUAUGACAGAAUGAAUAAAUUGUUUUGUGCACAAUGAUCCAGGUAGUAAUUUUCUAAUAGUAUGUUGAUUUUUGUUGUGUAGUGUAUUUAAAAACAAAAAAAAGCUGUGGUACAGCAACAUGACUGGGUGCAGUCAGUAGAAACCAGAGCAGCUGCAUGGUCUUAAUAUUUGCAGUGGUCUUGAACAGAGGUGUGUCUCAGUGGAAGGGCACAGUGGGACUUCUGGGAUCAGCUGCCUCAGGGUGUCUGACAGCCAGUGUGAUUUUCUGUAUCUCCAGAAGCUUCAAUGGAUCUUGAGUGACAAAUAUAUGGAAACAUUUCAGAAAUGCUAGCAAAUAGGCACAGGAUUUCUAAUUUCAUUCCUGAAAGAUGUUGUUUAUUUCUAAAAUACCCAAACCAUAAUAAAAAAUGGAGUAAAAUUUUCCUCUCCUUUAUAUAUCUGGUAGCCUAGCAUUAGGUAGUUUUAAAAUCCUUUGGAAGGUACUUCAUACAGAGUAGGAAUACAGUACAGUACACAAAUUUCAGAAUAAAUGAGAGCCAACAAUAUGCCACUUUUAAUAGUACUAUAUCAAAAUAGUUUUUAAAACAGUAUUCAACUUUUCCAGUUGUUUGAGAAGCAAUGUAGAUGUAGACCCCUGUUUGUUACUAUAUUCAUGCAUAUUUAUCAAGUAACUACAUUAAGUGAUAGUAUUGGUCAAAGCAUCACCACUUCUUUUUUUUUUUCACAUGAUGUACAGCAAGUUAUCAUAAUAGGCUAGAAAAAGACUAAUACUGCUUUCUUGGGGUCCUGUGGGUGAAGAGCUUCUUGCCCCUAUGCCGUCUCACACCAUGAAUGUGCAUAUGUGUGGGAAUAGUUACAGCAUAACUGAGCUGCUGUAAGAGGAAAGCAGGGAUGUAAAGAUGAAGUUACCCGUCUUUUCCAAAUAGUUUUUUUCAAAGGCAACACCAUGGAGAAAGAUCAUCAGUGAUCUAUAACACCUCUAACUGAGGGGAAUUGAUGGCAAUUAUAUAAAUUAAUGCCAUAACUGUAAUAGCCUGGCAGCACCAGACUCAUGUUAGAAUAGUAUUCUUUUGCAGGCUGGUGGAUCAUGGAAUAAUUUAUAGUGGAAAACAACUCUUGAGAUCAUCUAAUCCAACCAUUAACCCAGCCCUGCCAAGUCCACCACUAAGCCAUGUCCCUGAGUGCCACAUCUGCAAGUCUUUUAAAUACCUGUAGGUAUUAAAUUGACUUCACCACUUCCCUGAGGAGCCUGUUCCAACGCCUGUUCACCCUUUUGGUGAAGAUGUUUUUCUUAAUAUCAAAUCAAAACCUCCCCUGGCACACUUGAAGGCAUUGCCUCUUGUCCUGUGCCUUGUUACUUGAGAGAAGUGACUGACCCCCACAUUGGUACAGUAUCCUUUUGGGAUACUGUAAAUGUUUUUAUGAAAACUUACAGAGAGCUGUAAGGUCCCCUCUGAACCUCCUCAGGCCAGGAUGUUGUUGGCCUUCAUGACCACCUGAGCACACACACUGACCCCUGUUCAGCAUGUUUAGCCACUGUCAGCCAGCACACCUGAGUCCUUUAGUGGCAGGCAGAUUUCCAGCCACCGUGUCCCCAGCAGUGCCUUGGGUUGGGUUGGCCAAGCAGGGUAACCUAGUGCCAGCUGCCAAGGACAAAGUCCAGAUGGCUUUGGAAUAUCUUUAAGAAGUGAAACUCUACAAAGUCCCUGGGCAACCUGUUCCAAGGCUCAGUCACCUCCACAAUCCCAGCUCUCUCAGCCUUUCCUCAUAGGAGAGAUGCUCCAGUCCCUUCAUCACCUUUGUAGGACUCUCUUCAGCAUGGACUAUCUUCCUUGCACUGGGGAGCCUAGAAUUUGGACACAG